AUGGGACCAGUCAGCGAGCAAUCCCCAAGCCCGGCCCACAGGAAACGCUCCCAUACAUCUCCAGCGAGAUCUCGCCAGGACGCCAGUCAGCUUUGUGGAAACUUCAUCCCGGUAUCAGAGCCAAGACUCCGCAGCUCAGAGCCUGUAGAUCACUCGCCCUCCCCGGGUAGCCGACCUCAUCGCAAUCGCCACGCCGACGCCGACGUCCAUUUGCACAUCAGUCUCACCGAUUCCCAGAUGGAUAAGUUGGCUGCCACUUUUGCUCCAGACUCUCCUGAGAGCCAGCCGCCGCGACACCGUCGACAGUCGCCUGCCCGUGUCCCCAGACCAUCCGUAGAUGUGGACGAAGUCGCCGGCAAGAGCAGCAUGAGCUACAUACCCCGCCCCAGCCAAGAUGCCAAUGGUCGAGGCCGUAGCCGCAUCCGCCGGGAUGCCCAGCAGGAGGAAGAUGUGUUUGGUCAUCCGGCGUCGCGGUCCACCAGGCGUUCUUCGCCCAGCAAACGGAAUGCCUCGCCGGUCAAGCAGCAUCGCGCCGUCCCGUCGACCUCGACUGCGACCUCGACCGCCUCCAUCUGUGAGCGCAGAGGGGUUCCUCCUCUGGCGCCACUGGACGUCAGCCGAGCCGAGCAGCUAGAUGCACCACAGAAGGGAGUCAUUCAGGUCGCACUGCGCGUCACCGAGCCCCGCGAGCAGGCCAAGCCACUGCCGCCUGUCGCUGCUCCUCGAUCCCCCAGGCGCUCCAUCGUGCUCGAGCGCCCGAUCGUGGACGAAUCGUCCUCGGUCUACUCUCGAGAUGAGGAGGAGAACGACUCCUCCUCCUCCCUUGGACUCGCCUCUAUCAGCCCCCUGCACAUCCAGAAACUGCCGGACCACGUCCCGCCGGUCAGCCCUCGCAAGGAGAUGAAUUUGUUGCGGGACUACACCUCAUGGGCCCAUGAUACCAAGAAGGACAUUCAAGAAUCCCCCACCGCGAAACACACUCGCGCACACGCCCCGAAGGACGAGAUGCUGGACACCAAAGUCGUGGAACACGAUGUGGGUGGCCACCGCGAUCCGAGAGAGCUGCCCCAAGACGUCUACUCUCCCUUUACGCCCUUUUUCCAGAGCAAAGAGGCGCAGACAGUCCGCAAAGGCACCAAGGUGCUGAUUGGCAACAAUGGAUGGCUCGAGCGCACCAACAAAUCGCCGCCCAAGGUGCUCUCGCCGUCCAAGAAGAGCAUUCUCGAUCCGCUCCGGAGGAUGGCAAAGGAGGUGGUCGAACUGGCCGACCUCAAGACAUCGCGCCGCGGCAAGGUGCCGGAUGGUAGACAGCGCGGCGGAAGCUCGGGCCUGGCCAUCUCCCUCGACCCUCGUGAACAAGGUCUGCUGUUCGGAGAACUCGAGUACAUCCUGACGACGGCCCUGGACAGCUACAUUAGCUGUCAGUUCAACGCUGGCCGACUCGAUGCCGGCAAGUACAAGAAGAUCGCGGAUGCAUGGCAGCAAAAGGGCCGGCCCAGGGUUGUCGGUUUCCGUUACGACCUGGAGACGCAGCUCGACCUCAUCCACCUGCACGUGCAGCAUUUCAAGUUCUACGGCCAUCAGGCCGGCAUGACAGCAGCGGCUGUGGGCAUUCUCGAGAUGAUGAAGGUCGACGCGAGGGUCAUGCGCAUUCGCACAUUCUGUCAGCCGGACACGGUCAUUGCCAAGCAGCUGAUCGAUGCACAGCAUCUCUUCAACAUGAUUGGAUGUCCAGAGAUGCAGCAGAUCCAGCUGGCCGAGGUUAUCCAGUUCUUCAAGACGGUGCUUGAGCGCGAGAAGCACUUCCACAGCGAGGCAAGGAUGAGCCGGUCUUCGUCUGCGGGCAAGUCGUUUGCUCGCGGAUGA